GAUGACUUGGCAAACUGCAACGCAGUCUAACUUUGUUUUGGUGGGUAAUUUGGCUAAAAUGAAAUUCGACGAAACCGCAGUUGUUAGUACAGUAUGUCGUCGAGAGGCAUAAAAUUCAACUUCUUCCCAGGGGAGAGCGUGCUUUGCUUUGAACCGGACCCAACAAAAGCGCGAGUAAUUUACGAAGCAAAAAUCCUUGACACAACUGUCUAUAGAGAUAUAGAUGGAAAGAAAAAGCCUGGAUACCAUAUACAUUUUCUGCGCUGGAAUAAUAGUUGGGAUCGUAUAGUUGGAGAACAGCUGGUAUUGAAAAGUACUGAAGAAAACAAAACUCUGAUGAAACAACUUUCAGAUGUGGCCAGGAAAUUAUUAGGUAGACAUUACCAAAGCAGCAAAAAUAAAAAGCGCAGAAAACGUAUCCAUGAGAUCUUAACUGAGGCUUUUAAUGGUAAUCCUCCAUUUGAAGAUGUUGAAAAUGAAGAAGGCAACACCACUGAUACAAAUGAUACUGAAGAUGAGAGUGCAGCAGAGAGUGACAGUAUUGGCAGUGACUGUAAAGGUGAAGAGUUGAGAAAAUCUCAGAGACUUCAUCCACAAGUAGACAUUGACAUACCUGACAGUCUGAAAGCAGUGUUAGAUAAAGACUACUUUGCUGUUAAUCAAGACAAAAAGUGUGUGAGACUACCAGCAGAGAUUAAUGUUGUUACUGUGUUGGAAAGCUUUGUAAAGUCAUUUAUGAUGGAUUUCUGGAGUACAAAUUACGACCGCUCCAAUCUGUGUCACAACCCACCAAAAAUAGCAAUUGAGAGAAUAUUACCAAUGUGUAAGGAGUUUGUGGAUGGAUUGAGGAUCUGUUUUGAUUUUGUACUACCUGUUAUCUUACUGUAUGAAGGAGAGAAAGAACAGCAUAGCAAGAUCAUGAAUACAUACAAGAGUAAAUCACCUGCCAAACAAAAGAUUCCGGCAGAAGAUUCGCCAUUGUUGAAGUCACCAAGGUCAAGGUCAUCUGAACAGCAGACUACAGAUGAGCCGUGGCCUAAACUACCCAAACUGUCUCCAAAUGUUGUAGAUGAGGACGAUGAAGUUACAUUCAAUUCAAACACCACUCCACGAAGGGUGACCAGGAGUAGAGACGUGCCAAAAAAGUCCGACAGUGAGCGAACAGCUGUCAAAAUAGAGCAAGGCGCAAGUCAUGGUGACGGAAAAUCAGAUAGUAAAAGUGAAACGAAGUUGAUUAGGAAAAGACGUUCAUCGGAUCGUCAGGAUGAAGGUUUACGACGUCGUGCGUUACGGAGUUACAGAAAGUCUAGUGAAGAUUCUAGUGAUAGUGAACAGUCCAAACCAGAAACAAUAAUGUCAGAACCAGUAAAACCAGUUGUGAAGAGUGAAAAACCCGAAAGACCACCACCAUUGUUGAUUCCUUGUAAUAUUGCUGGUGCCCGGCAAAAUGGAGCAGAAAAAAUUCCGGAGAAAGGGGCACCGGGAUCUACUGAUAGUAUGGGGGAUAAUGGUAGGGAAGAAAUCUUAGCCAAUAUUCUACAAUGGCAGUUGGCUCCACCAGAGGCUCUCAGUCAAUUACCAACACCACCAUGUAUGUUGUAUGGUUCACAACAUCUUCUCAGAUUAUUUGUGAAGUUGCCAGAACUUUUGUCACAGAUGGACAUGGAUGAGAACAGACUUGGUGUUCUCAAGAAACUUAUACAGCAGUUCCUCUUAUAUCUGUCAGAACAUGUUGAUGAGCUGUUUCCAGAAAAAGUCUAUGUUGCUGCAGCUGAUUUAUAAAUGGACGAAUUUUGCUGCAUUUUAUGAACAAGAGUAUUAUGUUGCUGCCACAGAUUUAUUUUAGAUCUUACAUGAUGCAGGAAUCAUCUUUUAUGUAAACAAGUUGCUGUACACACACAGCUGAUAUUGAAUCAAAACUUUAAAACUGUGAAACUUUGCUCUUUUGGUUUCUUGUUCAUUGUGUGAGCAGCAGGUAUAAAUCUAAAUGUAGUACAUUGUUCAGUGUGUUUAAGUGAUAGUUUACGCUGAUGUCAAUAGCAUAUAGUAGUUAAUGGUAAAUAAGAGACGGAUGGUUUUUAUCAUUUUAAAUCCUGCUUAUGCUGUGAAAUAAUAUCUGUUUGGAUCUCAUUUUCAUGGAUUUCGUUAUUGCAUCAGUCCAUGAAUUUUUAUCCUAUUGAAUUAUUGAAAAUUCACAUUAACUUGAUCAUUAAAAUCAAAUUGAAAACUUGUACAUUCAUGUCUUAUCGAGUGUCUGAUUGCCAAAAAUUUAGUAUUUGAUGCCAACACAAUAGAUUUCUCAUUGAGUACACUACUGUAUAGAUAAAUUUGAGGAAGGUGAACAAAGAAACAGAAGAUUGAUCUGUUCUAGGCAGCUUUCAGUAUGUAAUAAUACGUUAUGUUGAAAUUCAUCUUUAAAAGGUACAUCUACGGUAAUCUCAUAUCAGACAUUUCAUCCUUUCAUUAACCUACAUUCUGCUGGCUCGGAAAUACCAUAUAAUCAUAAUUCAUGUUUCAUUUUGUAAAUAAUUUUAGUUCGAUAUAAUUGUGUUCAUAUUUUAAAGUAACUUAACCUGAUAUGUAGAAUGGAGGUUGAUUCCUGCCAUGCUGAUUUCCAGAAUAGAUAGUUACCUUUCUGAAAGGGGCCCCCAAUCUGAAUGAGAACACAGGCUAUGACCUCCAGCCAGUCUAUCAGAAGGUCGUGUCACGUGACCACGAUCCUCAUGUUACAUCACAGUCCUGAAGAAGACUCCGAGAUAGAGUCGAAAGUCUUGACAAGAAGUUAAAUUUAAGCCUCAGAAAUGUAACUAUCUACUUUGUGAACCUGAUUUGUGGAGCUUUCACACAACUUGCGGAAUAUACCUGUCAGAAAUCUUAGAGGUACAUAGAUAGUCAAAUAGUUAUGAAUAUUUUCAUUCCUGUGUUAUGUAUAUAUAUGUAACAUUUCUUGGGACAUGACAUUUCUGACAUCUUGCCUGCCGGCUUAGCUCUCUAGAGAGAGCGCAGAUCAACAGAUCGCAAGGUUGCGAGUUUGAUCCCCAGGUGUGGAAUAUGUUCUCUGUGACAAUAUGAUAAAAGUAUUUUAUCCGAAAUCAUUCGUCCUCCACCUCUGAUUCAUGUGGGGAAGUUGGCAGUUACUUGUGGAGAACAUGUUUGUACAGAAUCCAGAUACACUGGUUAGAUUAAUUAGCCAUCAUUACAUAACGGAAAUACUGUUGAAGAAUGACGUUAACCCAAAACAAACAAAUUUUCUUGCUUCAGUCACUUGACCCAGAAUUUUCAUAUAGAUAUCUUUAAAUGAUACCCAUCAAAUAAAGCCAUUUUGUUUGUCUCCAGUGGUUCAAAUUUCAUGAAAUACAUUUAAAUCAGGUUACAUGUUACCAUUUUGCUUCAUAACAAGUUGUUCACAUUGUGGCAUAGCUUCUUACAAUUUCAUUUUUAUUGCAGGAAAGUUACAUCAAUAUUUUAUUCACUGAUCAGAGUAAAGGUAAAUACAGUCAAACUUUGUUCGCUCGGACUUGAUGGGACAUGCAAAAUUAGUUUGAGUUUUUGGUAGUUCGAGCUUGGAAGAAUAUAGGUUAUAUAGGAAUUUGGCUGGGACCUGAUGAUGAGUUCGAGCUAAGGAUGAUGUUCGAAUUUUCCGAGUUCAGGCGAAUGAAAUUUGACUGUAGAUUCUUUUAUUAAGAGGUAUUGGUUAGUAUAAAAAGUCCAUCAAGUAAGUUUGUUUUUGGACAGAAAAACAGAUUUAUUUUGAGAAAUGAAUUUAGACGCGGUAUUGGAGAAAGUAGAAUUAUAAUUAUUGUAACUAGAAACAGGAGAAUAUUGAUUAAUUGACUUGCGUGACAUUGUUAUAUAACGUGCCACAGCCCACUCAAAUCUUCCAUGAAUUUAUUAAUAACAGGAAAAAACUGCACAGAGUUAAAGCAGAAAGAAUUCUCCAGAAAUGAGAAGUUAGAAGAACAGAUCUUGCUUGUAUUCAGCUUCCAGAAACAUUCUUUUUUAUUGUAGAUUUAUGAUCAUGUGAAUUUCCAGAUGAUUACUUCAGUAAAUUUGUGGUUUUGUCAAAUGGUAAAAUAUCAGAAAAGAUUUUAAGAGUCUUGCAAAUCAGAGUCAUUCAUUUCUAGAAUGUUUCUUUUAGGUAUGAAAUUAUAUGCUUUAAUAAUAUAAAGAGUCUAAGGCAGGUUUUUGUGAAAUGUACUUUUCUGAGAGAGAAAACCUACACCUGAAUGUGUUCAGUUUAUUUCUCUUAGCUGAGAUAUAGAGGAUAUUUGUUUGCUUCAUUGUAAGAUUGAAAUAUCUUUCAUAUGUGAACACCAGAUGCAUUAUUUAUAUGGUAUACAUGAGUGAAAGAUAAGUUUAAUCUUGCGUAUAAAACAAACAGAUUUUCUUUAUGUUUUGUGUUAUGACUAAAUUUACCAGUAUUAUAGUUUCUUACCAGUGAAAAAUAUAUUUUAGUGAAAUAUAUCUGGAAUUUUCGCAGUGAAAAAAAUAUUUGAUAUUUUUUCUGUGGAAAUACCUAUAUUUAACUCUAAAAUUUCGAUAUUUCACUGAAAAACAUGGAAUAAAUAGAAUUAAUGAAUAACUAUAGUCUGAGGUUUUCAGUUUUGUAAUUGAAUAAAACAUAUGAUGAAGUAUUAAUUCUGGCUUGGUGUAAAUGUAAGAGGUUAGAAAUUUUGAAUGUGUAAUUUCUAAGCAAAUUCAGUUUUUGGGGUCAAAAAGUUGGAAGGGGGUGUGGGGGUGUCAAAGCAUAUGCUGGAUGACAUGAGGAUGAAAUUAUCUGCUGGAUGACAUGAAGAUAUGGUUUGUGACAUUGACUUUGUUAAAAUAAAAAACUGUAUAUUUUUUCUGUUUAGAUAGAUUUGUUGUGUUGUAACUAUUCAUUAAACAUUUUCAUGACUGUUCACAUUAAUUAUAUUGUACAACAUUUAUUGCUUUGUUGAUUUGAGUAAAGAUUAGAUUAGUGACAUGAAGUAUUAAGAUAUUCUUUAAAAUGGUUAUUUUUAUACCGGUAAUGUUAUUGGAGUUGUCUUUUGAACAUGACUGUACUGCUAAAUUUGAUUAUUUCAACAGAUUGUCUACUCUCAUUGAAAAUGUCGAAUUAUCUUAAAUUGCAUUGCUGCUGUCUGCUUCAGUGAAGUUGUAUAUGUGUUAAGAAAAUAAAAUACGGAUGGUGUUUUACAGCAUCAACAGUUAGGCAGAAACGGGUUAAAAUGUUGUUUCUUGUUGAAAAGCUUGUUUAAGUAUCAGCUUCCUAAAUAGAAUAUUGAGUAAUGUUGUGUGCAUCAAAAAAGCUGUCACAUCAUAGAAAAUAAAUUUGUGGAAUCUA